AUGGCCUGCAACAACCUCUGCCAACCCUGCGGACCCACCCCACUGGCCAACAGCUGCAACGAGCCCUGUGCCCUGCAAUGCCAGGAUUCCCGUGUCAUCAUCGACCCUGCCCCUGUGCUGAUCACCAUGCCAGGACCCAUCAUGACCUCCUUCCCCCAGAACACCGUCGUCGGAUCCACCUCCUCGGCUGCCGUGGGCAGUGAACUCAAUGCCCAGGGACAGCCCAUCUCUGGUGGCUUUGGCUACGGCCUUGGCUACGGGCUGGGAGGCCUGGGUUGCUACGGCAGAAGGGGCGGCUACAUCUGCUGA